GGCUAUGAAUACAGCAGGAGUGGGAACCCCACCAGGGAUUGCCUGGAGAAGGCUGUGGCAGCCCUUGAUGGAGCCAAAUACUGUUUAGCCUUUUCUUCUGGCUUAGGAGCUCUUCUGAACAUUACUCACCUGCUAAAGACGGGGGACACGAUUAUCUGCAUGGAUGACGUCUAUGGAGGCACCAACAGGUACUUCAGGAAAAUAGCUGCAGAACUGGGCAUGAAGGUAGUUUUUGUUGACUGCACAAAACCAAAGUGCCUGGAGGCUGCAAUUACACCAGAGACCAAGCUCGUUUGGAUCGAGACACCCACCAACCCCACACUGAAGGUCAUUGACAUCAAGGCCUGUGCAGAUGUGGUGCAUAAGCACAAAGAUGUUCUUCUGGCAGUAGACAACAGCUUCAUGUCUGCAUAUUUCCAGCGUCCGUUGUCCCUGGGGGCUGAUAUUUGUAUGCAUUCUGCAACCAAGUACAUGAAUGGCCACAGUGAUGUUAUCAUGGGGCUUGUCUCUGUCAACCGUGAUGAUGUCUACGAGAGGCUCAAAUUCCUACAGAACUCCCUUGGAGCUGUCCCCUCUCCCUUUGACUGUUACUUGUGCAGCCGUGGGCUGAAGACCCUGCACAUCCGGAUGAAGCAACACUUCCACAACGGCUUGGCCGUUGCUCGUUUCCUCGAGGCACAUCCCCGUGUGGAGAGGGUCAUCUUCCCAGGCCUCCCUUCCCACCCGCAGCAUGAGCUGAUGAAGAAGCAAUGCACAGGCUGUCCUGGCAUGAUCACCUUUUACAUCAAAGGGAACCUCAAGCAUGCUGCUGCCUUCCUCAAGAACCUCAAGGUGUUUGCCCUGGCCGAGAGUCUGGGCGGGUACGAGAGCCUGGCAGAGCAUCCAGCCAUCAUGACUCAUGCCUCAGUGCCUAAGGAAGACAGAGAAGCUCUCGGCAUCACUGACACGUUGAUUCGCCUCUCUGUGGGUCUGGAGGAUGAGGAGGAUUUGCUGGCAGACUUGGAUCAGGCUCUCAAGGCUGCAGUGACCUUUGUGUUGCUGUUGGGUUUGUGCUGCUCCUAUUGA